AUGAGGCUCGCGUGGUACGCAGGGGUUUCCACGGCCCUGGCGGCCUCGGUCGUCGUAUCAGCCUUCCACCAACGAGCCAACUUUUACUCGGCAAUGGUCUACCUCGCGCAGAGCAAUUUCUGCUUGUUGGUCCUGGUAAACUUCAUCUACCUCAUCUACGGCACCCUGAUUUACGGCCUGCAACGACUGCUCUAUGGCCCGCUGCGACAAGUCGAAGUCGAACAACUGUCCGAAAAGGCCUGGUUUGCCAUCACCGAAACAUGCCUCGCGAUGACGAUAUUCCGGGAGGAGAUUGGCGCAUGGUUCCUUGUCAUGUUUACCGCACUGGUGACGGGCAAGGUCUGGGGCUGGAUAGGCGACGGCCGUGUUGAAGUCCUCGAACAACAGCCUCCCGCGAAUCCCGGCCUCUUCCACACCCGGCUCAGCUUGUCGCUUCUGUUAAGCCUGGUGUAUGACACCUGGCUUCUUCGAUAUACCGUCUCUACAGUUAUUCAACAAGCACGUCCUAACAUGAUGGUCAUGUUUCUCUUUGAGUUUGCCGUUCUGGCGACGUGUUCGGCGCGAACUGGAAUCCGCUACAUGGUGUCAGUGAUGGAGCAGAAUAUCGUCAAGACGCAAACCAGACAGCGACUAGAAGAACGACGAAGACAGGUUCGAGCGGAGCGCGAGGAACUCACGCGACAGCGGGAAGAGAAUGGUGCGAGCGAGGGCCAGCCUGACUUGCCUCGCGAGGAGGACAUUGAUGAAAUGGACAUUGAGGUUCCCGGAUGGGAGGCAAAGGGUCAAUGGAUCCUGAUCCUUGACCUCAUUGCCGAUUGCGUAAAACUGGCCAUUUAUCUGGUAUUCUUCGGCAUCCUACUCACAUUCUACGGCCUACCGAUUCACAUCAUGCGUGACCUGUUCAUGACAGCCAGAUCAGUCAUUAAAAGGGGUUCAGCACUCUGGCGCUAUCGCAAGGCCGUCGAGGACAUGAACAAGUAUCCCGACGCUACCGAGGAAGAUUUGGGACGGGAGGAUACCUGCAUCAUCUGCCGAGAGGAAAUGCGUCCUUGGGACCCAAACAACGGGGCCGUAGAGCGUGUUCGACCCAAGAAGCUACCGUGUGGGCAUAUUCUGCACUUUGGAUGCCUGAAGAGUUGGCUUGAGCGUCAACAAGUCUGCCCCACCUGCCGAAGCCCUGUCGUCAUCACGAAUAACAAUAAUAACGGCGCUGCACCGCAGAAUCGGGAUGCGAUGUUCGCUAGAAUUGGUCUAGGCGGUCUCGGGGCUGCCCCUGCUAUCCCAGCUGGCCAGCAACCGCCUGCGAAUCAUGCACCAGGUGUUGCUCCCGGCAUUCAGCCAGCUCAGCAACCAGUCCGCAACGGCGCAGCACGAGUUUUCCAGCUCGGCCCCCUCCGCCUCGGCUUCGCUCAGGGCGAGAACAUGCAGCAACUGGCACAGCAAAUGGGCGUCCCACAGGAGGCCAUCCCUGCACCCUUCGCUCAAGGAGGUCCUGCUGGCCCUUUCACGCCUGCUGCGCAAACACCGGGCGGCAACAACAUGCCAGCCAUUCGGCAGCAAAUUCAACAGCUUGAGCAGAUGAUACAACGUGAGGUGUCUUCCCUCCAGAGCAUGCACCAGGAAUUACAGACGCUCCAGCUUCUUACAGCAGAACUGGGCCGCAUUCGCCAGCUGCAACAGCUUACCGAACAGGCGCAAAAUGCACCCCAGAACGCUGGAGUGGCCCCACCAGUGUUCAAUCUGGGCCAGGCACAACAAAUUCCGCUCCCGGCAAUGUCAUUGUCGCAAGUACCCAUCCAUCAUACGCUGCGUGUGAAUGGCCCAGUGGUGACACGGCAUGGAGCCGCUAACCACUCCAACGCGAUUCCCGCCGGUAGCUCUGAGCUUCCAGAGGGUGUAGUUAUCCCCCCUGGAUGGUCGCUUCUUCCUCUUCAGCGGAUAGAAGGCGCCCCAGGAUCUCAACCGUUCCCCGAGAGGCCACUUUCAGCGUCGGGCGAGACGGCGCAGUCUUCACCCCCUGCCCCACAAGCUCCAGUUGUCGGCGUUACCCAGGACGCUGAAACAACUAACGCUGCUUCAAACGACUCUUCAACGCGCUCGGCCAUCCACGAGCAAAGACAGGAAGCAGUCGGCUCUGGUCUCGAUGUCUCCACAAACCAGCCCGACCCGCCGCCGGUCCUCGCACCGAACCCGGUGCUACCCAACUGGGGCGGAGCGAACCAGCUCUUCGGCAACGGACGCGGCUUAUCGGGCUUGGCCAACAGCACCCCGUCGGAGAUGUCGAUUGACGAAGCUCCGAGACACGAUGCAGAUGUGCCCAGGAGCUCGCCGGAAAAGACGUCCGCUGCCGCCGCGGUAUCCGAGCAGAGUGCCGAGGAGGAGGGUGGUAGUAGCAACAAGGGAAAGGCCAAGGCCGUUACGGUCGAGGAAGCCGGCGACGACGACCAAUAA